GAAUAGAGAGAGGAGAGAGAGAGAGAGUGACGGCGGCACUGAGAGAACUUGUGACUCUGCCCAUGCAGGCACACAGUCGUACAGCAGGGCACAGCACAACUGGCUGCACACGUGGAUUCGACUCACAUCUCAUGAACCAACCUGUCUCACAAGUCCGUCUCACUAAGAAGAUGGGCUUCAUCUAAAUACACUUUGUUCCCAGCAGACCCACAUCCAAGCCCUUGUUUCUAGUCACCUCUCGACUUUCAGACCACGGAGAUCGCCCAGGGAGUACCAGCGGGACCGACAGAACAGCGGACAGAGGCCAGCUGGGACAGACAAGACGUCCUGGGGUAUUUGGCCGGAACUCUCAUUGGUAGAGGGAAGAUGACAUCCAAGUCGUCCCGGCUGGGCAGACCCUCAUCGGCAGGGUCCAAGCAGCCCUCUCAGAGGAAGGAGUGCCAGGCCGGCAGUCGCUCCUGCAUGCUCCGGGUGGGGGAGAGGCUGAUGAGGGCAGGGAGUGAAGGGAACCUACAUGUAGUGAGACCCAAACCCGCUCAGCGGAAACCCCCAGAGGAGGGACCCCAGCAGUCUGGCGCCGCCGCUGCCAAAGAGUCCGGAAACAACAACCCAAGACUGUCGUCACCUGAGGAUCUAGAGCACCUCCACAGACAGCAGAACCCAUUGAAUCAGAACCACAACUCUGAGCCGCGCUCCCCCAGCACAGUCCCGAGGAGGUACACCAUCGGAGGGCAAGCGCCACGGAGUGCCAGGGACCCACUGACCAUGCAGCAUGCUGAGGUAGAGAGAAAGAAAGAGGUGUUCCUGGAACACCUGAAGAAGAGGUAUCCUCACCAUGCUGCAGUCAUCAUGGGUCACCAGGAUCACCUCAGGGAACAUACCCGGAGCCCCCAGCACUCUGCCAGUCCCCAGCUCGCUUUAGGGGAACAGCUAGAGCACCUCUCUGUGACCUCUCUGGAGUCCCUGGAGGCCAUGUCUGAGGGAGAAGGUCCGGCUACCUUCACCCGAGGCUGCCGGGCUCGAGCCAGUCUGCCGGUGGCCCGCUCGGCCAAUCAGACUAAGGACAGAUCACCGGGGGUGAUUUACCUGCAGUAUGCAGAGGAGACAAAGCAGGUCCGGAUGCCUGAUGAGAUCAGCAGUGGGGACACCAUCAGGGCUCUGUUUGUGAGUGCCUUCCCCCAUCUGCUGACCGUGAAGAUGCUGGAGUCUCCCACUGUGGCUGUCUACAUCAAAGAUGACUCAAGGAACAUGUACCAUGAGCUAACAGAUGUCAGAAAUAUCACACCUCGCUGCUGUCUGAAGGUUUACCACAAAGACCCUGAACAGGCCUUCAAUCGCAGCAGUGCACGGCCCAACUACAGCGACAGCAGAAUACCAAGGGAGAUGCUAUAUGGAAGCCACAGUCCUGUCCACACUUUACACUCCACCCGAAGUCCUGUCCAAGCCGUACAGAGGUCCAUGUCUCCCCCCACGGCCCGCUCCAUGCCCUCCUCCCCCUCCAGGAUCCCCUUUGGCUCCCGGGUUGGAGGCGGGGUGCCGGGAAGCUCCACCCUCCCCAGGGCCAGCAUUUCCAGCGGACCCCCCUGCAGGUCUGCCACCCCCUGCCCGAGCGCCAUCCUGGAGAGGAGGGACGUCAGACCCGACGAGGACCUGGGCGGCAAGAGCAUGACGCCGGGGCGCUCCGAAGGGAUCUACGCCGGCGUGGCCGAUCCCUACGCCCUCCAGGAGGGCCGACUGAGUAUGACCUCCUCCCAGGGGGGCAGCCACGCGGGGGAGGUGGUGGACAUGGGCGGGGUCCACCGGGCCAAGUGCACGGCCUCCUACACAGAGAGCCAGGAGCACCGGCACCAGCAACCCCUGUACAGACAGAAGUCCCGGAGGUACGGGGAGAGCCAGGGACUGCCGCCGCUCGGCACCAAAACCCCUCCCCCGUCCCCUCACAGAGGGAGCGAGGUCCGGAUGAUCAACAACCCUUUGGCCAUGGAGAGGGGGGGGCCUGUUCGCCAGUCACUCCGGAGGGAGAGUAACGGGAACGCGGGGGAGGUGGUGAACAGAACCAGGGACAGCGUGUCCUCCGUGUCCUCCUCUCCGGUGUUCAUGGAGUCCCCGCAAGGUCACCACGGAGACCGGCUGUUCCAGGGGCCCAUCUCUCCCAGUGACCCCCAAACCAGUCAGCGAAUGAAAGCCAUGGAACAACAGAUUGCCAGCCUGGCUGGACUUGUUCAACAUGCACUUGCUAUUGGGCCAGCGGAGAUAGAUGGGAGGACUGUUUCUCGUUCCCAUGUCAACAACAGCGCAGGAGUGUCCCCAGUUCCUCCAGCCAAAAGCCCCGCCCUCCCGGCAGACGGCCCCAGUGUCUCUCAGGGCCCUCCCCCUGACCGCGCCCUGCAGGGCACACUGACCACGGUCCGGAGGAAUGUCACUGACCUGCGACAGCAGCUUCAACAACUCAGACAGCUACAGAUGCAGAACCAGGACAGCGUGACGGUGAUGCUGAGGAGAGCCGAGCAGGAGCUGGCCGCCGUCAUGUCAGAGAAUCUGCAGAGACAGAGGCAAGAGUCAAAGCCCGGCCAGAGACAGAGGGUCAUGGUGGACGAGGAGAGACACAAGUACCUGACCAUGGAGGACAGAGUGUUAGCCCAACUCAGGGAGCUGGAGGACUAUGUGGAUCGUCUGAAGAGGGACUCUGGGCCCUCCGCUCCGGGCCUGCUGUCGGUCACCCUCAGGGACGUGGAGGAGGGAGCGGUCAACCUCAGGAGGGUGGGAGAGGCGUUGGCCAGGCUGAAAGGUGAGUUCCCCAGCCUGCAGGGGAAGAUGCGGGCGGUGUUACGGGUGGAGGUAGAGGCUGUGCGCUUCCUGAAGGAGGAGCCUCAGAAGAUGGACAGCAUGCUGAAGCGGGUGAAAGCCCUGACGGAGGCCCUCAGCGCUCUCAGAAGACGCGUCACCGAGAAUCAUCCUCAGCCCCCGGAGCCCGGAGCGUACAAAGCAGCCGAGGGCGCCAAGACUGCCGAUGCCGAGUCCGAUCCCGGCCCGAAGAAUCUGCCCACCGUGGAGUCCCCCAAACCCCAACCCAGGUCAUCCGUCAAGCCCUCCCUACCCCAGCCCCAGGGUCCGAACCCUGCAGGAAGGCCCGACGCGGCCCCCGCCUCGCCUGUCGUGGCCCACCGCGUGAAGAGCUCUCCGGUCAGCAAGCAGCCGUGCCACCACGCGGCGGCCCUGCCGCACCACCCCAGCCCCCCUUUGACCCCCACCUUUGGCCGAGACUCCCCGACCGUGGCCAAGGUCAGUCCACGUAGCCGGGAGAGCAGCCCGGCCCUGCAGAAGAGGGGGGUGCCCUGGUGCGGAGACGGACCGGGCAGCUCCGUAGCGGCCACGCGGCCACCUGGGUCAGAGGAAAUCCACAACUACAGGGGCAGCAUCAAAAACAGAGGGAUGGACAUGGAGGUUGCAGAGAGAGCGGGGGACCUGGAAGAAGAGAGGCCACCGCAGAGCUCAGCCACCCCAGCUGGGAGUGAGUUUGAGCAGAUCCUGGAGGAGGCCAAGGCCAGCCUCAUGAGGGCCAUACCGGACCUGGAGGUGACCGAGGAGGGGAGGAGGGAGUCAAAGUCUCCCCUUCCACCUCUACCUCCACCUGUGCCCGACACCGCUCCGGACGCGGAGGUGCCCCUCGACAUUCCACUGCCAGACGAGGUCGAUGCCCCUCAACUUGCUGAGGUCCCCCUUCCAGAACCCCCUCAACCAGGUAAUGUGUCCACUGAGGCGACAGUACAGGCCAGCCCGGAGCCGCACAGGCCGAUGGUGGAGAAGCCUCGCAGGCCCAGUGUGGAGAGAGAGACGAAGAACAGCUCAGAGAGAGUUGGAAAGUCUCCUCCACCCCCACCGCCGCGGAGGCUCUUCCCCUCACCGUCAGGCCCAGGGCUGACCACAGGGAGGUCUGGAGAAGUCAUCUUUACCACCAGAAUGGAAGUGGCCCCCGCCAAGGACUAUAAAGAGGAAGCGGCUCCACAACCAAGUCCCAAAACCACCAGGCAGCCUCCAGAGGUUAAACCUAAGCCCCACACCACGUCUCUUAUCACAGCCUCAACUGAGCCGGAGGAAGAAGAGGAUGAGGAGGAUGAAGAUGAAGAGGAUACGUUCAUGAAGGAACUUCAGGUGUUUCAGAAGUACACUCUUAGAGAUGUAGGCACCAAGUGUGUCCUAGAUCUUACGAGCACUGCAUCCCAAGUCAGGCAGAUAGAGACAGAUUCCUCCCUCUCAGCCAACCACCCCAAGGAGAGUCAGAAUCACCAAGAGAAAACUGAUGAGAACAGAUUAGACACUGAUACAAAUAGCCCCAGGGUCAUGUAUUACAUCACAUGCCAGACAUCCAAUGAGAAGGAACUAGAUGUUCUUCCAUUGGGAAGAACAGACCAAUUGGAAGGAACCGUGUCCCUCUCACAGAAUACGAGUGGCUCUCCUUCAAGUCGGACAUCCCUUUCUGCAUCGCCAAAGUUCCGGCAGCAGCCAGCAGGAUCCCCUGAAAAACCAGAAGGAAAAACUCAGAAGCUUCCGGACAGUCAGAGGCAGUUUCGACAGACCUUUUGACUGUAACCGUCUGUAGCCUCUGCUUCACCCAUGUGUCCUCCUUGACCGUACCCUCCAUGUAACAGUCAUUCACUUGGAGAUGGGGGCAAGGAUAGAAGAUUGACAAGAAUAUUCCCAUCCCUGUUCGAAUCGCCUCCUUGAAGCCUUUUUAUUAUUCAAACACAUACGAUUAUCUGACCUUAAACUAAUACCCGGCUCAGCUAAAGCUAUUCUCAAACUGAACUCAUCCCUCUGUCACCCAACCAAGUACUUUAACCCUCACUGUUGCCCUGAGUAGCAUGAUUUUACAUCAGGAAGUGUGCAUGUGUGUGUUGAGUUAAAUUAAUGGCCAUCAUUAACCCUUUAGAUCAUUCCCUGACUUCUGUUUUACUGUGAUUGUUUUUAUUUUCAGUUAAUCAUCUAUUGCUAGUGUAGUUUAGUGCCAUUUGUCUGCUUUCUAACUUACUGCUUACUUAUGUUUCUAUAAUAACCCUUUCUUUGCCUUUCGUGACAUUCCGUGCCUAUUUUGUUUUGCAGGCUAACAGAAGUACUAAAAAAGCUGCUGGAGAUUGUAACCAUUCUUUCCUUGCUUUACCUGCUUCUAAGAUCCCAGCCUUUUGUCAUGGUUCUGUAAAAACCACGUCCUGGCCUGCUCCUAACUCAAAUGUGUCUAACCCCAUUAUAUCGCCUCUCUCCUGCCCUUCCUCGUCACACAAGUCUUUCAUCCCUUCUCUCAGUCUGAGUCGUCUCUGCCCUCCUAGCCCCUCUCUCAACGACCGGCGUCAGUGCCUGUCCCUGUCGUCACAGGCCCAAAAUGGCAUUCGCGGCUCUUUCUCUUACUGCACAUCUCCCUCUUCAUCGUCAACCUCCCCGUCUUCCAACUCCUCCUCGCUAUCGCCCACGUCCACGUCCUCCACCUCCUCCUCCUCCCCUCCCUCCCCGUCCCUGCACUCCCCGACCACCCUGGGUCAAGGUGCGCGGAGUAUCCAACGCAUUGCACACUUAGCCAGCGUCCCCGGUCACAGGACGCCAGGUGGGCACAGCGGCAGAGCCACACACACACCAGCAGCCUGUUCAUCUAAGGACAUGUCAUGACCUUUUUCUAUCUUCCAUCAAGUUUAAAGGAAGGAAAUGUGGUUUCCAGGAUGAUGCUGUACCGCUGUGUAUUCUCUCCCAUAUGUUUCGUUGGUCAGUUUGAGGUCACAUGCAGUACUAAAAUAGAAAAUAACUUGACCCUCGUAGAUACACUCCAUUGGGGCAAGGGGAUUUUCUUAUUUAUUUAUUUUUACAUUUUUGUUUGGUGAAAACCAUACAAUAGAUAACUGUUACUUCACAAAUUAUCAACAGAGGUGCAAACAUUCUAGGAUUGCUCUUGUAGUUUAGUGGUACUGAGCGUUUGGAAAUCUAGUUUUAUUUUUAUUGAUGUGAGAAAUCUGUGCUUUUAAUUGAUAGUGUUGAAUACAUAGUUUGCAACUUCUUGUUAGAUGGUUCACCUUUAAAAUAGUUAAUGGUCUAAUUAUAACAGUUCUCCAUGGAUUCCUUUUUAUUAAAAAACAAUUACAAACUUUUUGGGCCAAAUCAGGUUAAAUCUAAAAUGUGCCACAGAACAAAUUCUGUUUGAUGUUAAUAUCUGUAGUUUUUAAAAGAAUCUUUGACAUUCGCAUAUGUACGUGUAUAGAAUAUUAAUAUACAUUUCUAAAUGAAGUUGUGUAAAAGUAUAUAAGUUUGGAUAUAUUUACAUAAAAUACAGUACUGUGUUGAGUCCAAAGACUAAAUACAUUACAAAAACUUUCAUUGUAGACAAAUGCUUUGGCUGAUUAAAAAAAUUACUUCAGAUGUGUCUAUCAGUAAGCUCAUACAAGAAGCUUAAAGGAACUUAGACAUUUCCAUUAUGGAACUGAAUUGGUCAAGUAACUACCAAACAGAGUAAGUCAGUUUCUUUAUCACUGAUAUUUUGCUAAAUGAAACUGAACCAUGGACCACCGUUUUUCCUGGCUCAUAAGCUACUAACACCAAGUUGUAAAACUACUCCUUUAAACAGAUUGGAUAAAAAAGUGUUAUUACAUAAAUUAAUCAAAUGAUUUAUUUAGAUGUUUAUGGGGUAUGAAGGCACAGGCAUAGUCUCUUUCAUCUAGCAUAAUUCAGUUGGCAUCUCUUAUAUGGAUCUUAGAUGUGUGAGUGAAACUUUGAGGGGAAAAAAUAGCUUGGUGAUUUCCCAAGCUUACUAUGCACUGCCAAAACCUUUGAGCUAACAGUACAACUGCUGUAUAUGCAAAGUAAUGUUUAGAAGCCUUUUAAGGCAGUAGCUGGAUGUUCUAAAAUGCCAAAGUGUUUUACUGAUCAUGUACCUUAGACAAGCACUGUGUUGACAUUAUGUUUACUUCUGGGAUGGCACCUUACUUAUUUUAACCAUACUUACCAUGAUACCCCUCAAUUAACGACAUAAAUAUCCAUGGAAGUGUAUGUGUUUAGGAGGGGUUGUCUUCAAAUAAGUAUUUCGCCAAACUCCACUACUAUGCAUGCCUUUUAGAGUUUUUGGUUAUGUAUCUACUAACUAUUGUGUUUGUACAACUCUGUACAUAUUUUGUGUUCUCAGAUUUUGUAAAACCAUGUUGUAAAAAGGUAUUGUAGAAGUAAAUGCUUGUGAGGUUGAGAAACUAAUAAAGGGCUUUCUGUUAGUA